GGCUUUCCAGCAGAGUAGAGAAAUAGCACUCACACACGCAGACUUGGCUGGUAAGUACAGAUGCCCCUGCCAGCAACAGCAGCCAUUGUUCUUUAGCUUCUCCUCUUUCUCUCUUGCUUCUUUUCCUCUCUUUUCCCACUUUUCCUCUUGCUCUCUCUUUUUUCACAACCACUAUUUAUCCAAUACUCCAAUACUUUCAAUAGCCUACAUGUUUCGUCAGCACCCGGUCGUACUGUGGUGGACGUUUCUGGCUCUCCUAACUACAACUAGAACUAGCAUUGUCAACGCGCAACUGGGAAAUGUUCAAACUGACGUGCCAUGGAGAGCUGGCCAUGCGGCUGCAUUCCUGGAUCCUUAUGUGAUUCUUUAUGGCGGGUCUGAAGACACGAGUAAAAAUUACAAUAGCCAAGUAGAGGGAUCGAACAGUGUGUGGAUAUGGGAUUCUCGUAAUGGAAGUUGGUACAAUUUCGCCCAUCAACAGGAUAUGCUUCCUCAAGUCUAUAUCGGAGCAACUGAACUGCCCAGUUCUGGCCAAAUGAUCGUCGUUGCGGGAAACACAACUCAGGGCGGAUCUGCCGGGAUGCUUCAAAAAUUUGAUAUCAACAGCUGGUCUUGGAGCUAUCCUUCUUCGAACACUGAAUCACCGGGACGUGCUGCACAGUUUGCAAUCACUACUGUCAACAACACCGUAUAUACUUAUGGCGGCACUUCAGUCGACACCAACGGCUAUCCGCAAGACAAUGCCGUUCAAAACAGUCUAUACACACUCGACGCCAAUUCGUUUGCAUGGACGUCUGGCUCUAACGGACAAGCCAUUACUGGUCAUUCGACAUGCUAUAUCCAGUCGUGCAACUGUCUCGUCGUAUUUGGCGGCACGUCGACUGGUAGCGGGAAUGCUGCAACUGCGAAUGUUGUUAUAUACGAUCUAGGCACCCGAGCAUGGAACUUGCAGGUAACUGUCACAUCAUCAGACGGUGGCCCCAUAGGAGCACGCCGACUGCAUACUGCCAACUGCAUGCAGGACAAGAUGAUCGUUUACGGUGGCGGUACUGCCGACCCUUUUGACUCCAACGUGUGGGUCCUCGACGCUUCCAAUUACCCCACCUUUACUUGGCAACGGAAGGAAAUGGCCAACCAAGAUCAAGGACCCAGCACCCGAAUGGGUCACACGGCAGUUCUUGAUAGCACCAAUCAAAAAAUCUACAUCUAUGGUGGAUGGGGUGGCAGUGCCACCAACGAUUCCAACAUGUACGCACUCGACCUGCAAGCGUGGAGCUGGACGCGUAUCCCCACCACUGGCUUCGGCGGUCAAAUUAAUGGAGACGACGGCGAUCCUUCUGACAACAGCGAUAUUGCAACUAUAGUUGGCGCUGUCGUGGGUUCCGUUGGCGGCGUUCUUUUACUUGCAGCCAUCUUGUUCUUCUUAUGGCGACGCAAACGGAAACAGCAACGUGAAAAAGACGACGACAAUCGUUCGGAGAAAACUGACGAUGUGCAGUAUUACAACGGCCAUCCCCACUAUUGGACAAACGAUUGUCAUAGCACUGAUGUUAAUGACUAUCCACGAUCGUCCUACGACAUGAUGGACGGUGCAGCAUUAGCAGCAGCAGCAGGAGGAUACCCCAGUCGUAAGCGCGUCUCAAAAGCCAUGACCGGCUCACUCAGUUAUCAUGAUUCAUUCAUGGGCGUCCGAUCGGAGCUCGGUGACACAGAUCGGGUCAUGACAGGUGUACUGGAAGAACUCGCGUCACCUACCGACAGCGCAAGUGAUCAUGCCACCUAUUCCAAUGGCACACGCAGCUUCCGCGACUCAGCCCACGCCAGUAAGCAAUUGCUGAUUCCUUCCAACGAACUGCGUAGCGCACAGACACCCAACGAAGUGGUUUCACAGAAACCCAACGAGUUUUCUGUGCCUGCUUCACGAAUGGCGUCCAAAGGAAACGGUAUUACUAUUGAACACUACAAUCCGCAAAGUCCUACGUCGGUUACUGCGACCGUAGGCGCCGGUGCUCCCUUGAGCAGCAGCAUGGAAGUAUUACGCAGCAUCCAGACGAACAAUACAACGAGUGCAGUGAACGGCGACGAGUCAACGAACGAUGGUCGAGUGGUCGUAACGCACGCGACACACGGUGAAGAUAAUGUGCGCAAGAGUCAGGAAGACGAUAAUGGUGAAUCUGUAUCCUUUCAAGCCCAUGGUCCAACAGGACCCAUUCGCUAUAUUCCACCAGCAAGUCAACAGUUCAGCUUAGCCACGACAACAACAGCAAGCGCCGCAACCCACGGCAAUAAUGAUGGCCGUAAUGUUCCGCUUACACAUCAUCAGUACCCGUCGUCCAACAUGAGCAGUGUGCCCGUAGCACGACCCGUCACGCCAGAUCCAGAAGACCAAAACAACCGUGGAUCCGUUCAACGAUUUCAGCCAGUCGGUGGUGAAGGCCAGGAGAACAUUUACGAGUCCGUUAGUCCACUCGAAAUGCUUGCUGCUCUCGGUCACAUCGACAAUAGCAACAACAACGCCAACAGUAAUAGUAACAAUAGUAACAAUAAUAAUUAUGAAAACGCAGACGAACAACGCAGUGCUGCUACGUCGAGCGAGGCUGCAACUUCAACAGCACCACGUGCAACGACCGGUACACCUACACACAGCAGCACUAAUUCGACCGAAGAUACGAAUCAUGACUCCAGUGAUCGACCGCGCUCAUCUUCAUCGCCUCUUAACAACAACAACAGUAACGACGACUUGACCACAGAACAGCAAAAUCGAUUCAACGCGCUGAACCCGCUCAUCAGCAUGCUUCCACGACGUUACCAGAUCGACAAAUCUACACCACCCAUUAUCGGUCCAAUGAACAGUGUCUUGUUUGUCGACAAGGCUGACAAGGACGACACGCACAAGAACGUUGUCAUUAAAUCCUUUGGUCGACGCGAAGCUUGGGAACGUGAAUGCCGAACGCUCAUCAAACUUAAAUCAUCCCACGUCGCUGAACUACUCGAAGUACUGACCAUCCAAGACGAAAGCCGGACACCGUUGCCACGACGAUCCAACAAUGACGAUCAUGAUAAUUCGAAUGACGACGAUUAUGACUUGAGCACCUUACCCGACGAGCCACGCAACGAUGAUGACGACAAGAUCAAGUACGCGACUGUGCUUGAGCGAUUGGACGAGACGCUGGGUUCUGCUAUUCGACGCGCACGAUCUGAGAAGCAUAGUUGGACGCGUGAACAGACACGUGCUAUUGCAAGCAAUGUUGUCGAAUGUUUGGCAUGGUGUCAUUCGCGCGACGUUGCAUUUUGUGAUUUGAAACCAAGUAACAUUAUGCAUCUCGCCGGCGGACCGUGGAAAUUGAUUGAUUUUGAAGCAAGCCGUACGAUAGGCGAGGAAUGUGUAGGUGUCAUAACGCCACGCUACUGUCCUCCCGAAGUCGCUCGUGCAACCACUUAUGGCCUUGAAGGUGCAAAUGGUGUGGUAGCUACGCCAAGUGUGGAUCUUUGGGCCCUUGGCUGUGUCAUCUACGAAUUGGAAACCAAGCACGCACUUUUUGCAAGCAGCAUCAAGGAUGAAACGAUUUUGCAUUUCGUAUCACAUCCAUCCCCUUCGACGCCUAUCCUAAACAACGGUCUCCGAUGGAACGAGCACAAGGAGCUGUAUAUCCCCAACUUGGAGCGUAAGAUUCCGGAUUCUCGGACAAGACAGUUGAUCAAGAUGCUGCUUUCUCGUGAUCCUACCAAGCGAGGCAAUGCAUCUAGCUUACUGGAACAUCCAUACUUCCGGAACCAAUAAGUUAAUAAUUCUAAUAACUCUUUUCCUCCCUUUACUAUUUACACUUUUUUCCAUCUUCCUCUCUCUCUCUCUAUUUAUCCUUCUGAAGCUCACUUUUCUCCUAGCGUUUUCCUCACUCCUCCACGAACCAAAAAAAGAACUCCUCGCAUUGUUUACACAGAUACUCCUCUCACUCCACUCGCUCUACAUUUUGUUUUUCUUUUUGUAAAUCCACAAUCUUUUUCUCUCUCUCUAUAUAUAUAUAUAUUACAUAUACAUUUUCAAAAUACUCUCUUUCUCACCUUCUGUACCAGUUUUUUU